AUGUACCGAUUGCUAUCGAAAACUAGCGAAUAGCACGCGAUGGCCACUUGCCAGUACUUGUUCCAGCACAUCCGGCCGGCACGGCAGACGAAUAUUUCUAGUGCGAACAUGUGGUACCCCAUUCUGUGGCUUUCGGUUCUAAUCAACAUUGCAAAUAGUGUUUUUGUAGUGGAGGUUAAUAAGCUGUUCAAACCAUGCUCCAACCCCAGCAAACCUGCCCCAUUCCCGGUGGAUUUCUCAAAGCUGCAGAUAUACCUCACGGAAGACGAAAAGCUUGUUAUGAAUGGAGAGCUGAAAUUUACCCAAAACAUUAAACAACCGUGGGGUGUAUCGGUCUACACCUUCAAGCAGGAUCACGGCGAAUGGGUUCCGACACCGUACUCUAAGCAUGUGUUAAAUCUUUGCAUGGCGAUGCACGCCAGCACUGAAAUGUGGUAUCCGGUUACGAGACAUAUGAACCAAACAAGAUGCCCUUAUAAACAGGGGCACGUGGAAAAGUUCAAUAUGAUUGAUCUGGGGAACUUUGGGCUUGACGAAGUGCUGGCAGAGCUUGUUGGAGAUUGGAGAAUUUUCGUCGAUUUUAGCUUGGGAGCUAUUCCGCAUAAGAUGCAAAUUUCCUGUCUAAUGAAUGAGGUUACCAUACUGGAGCAUUGA